CCAAGUCGGAAUAUGAAAUGCUUGUUCAUCACGUGGCUGCUUGCCACAUCGGUGGCCCUUGUAAAAUCCCUCCAUCAGCAACAGCAAGUGUGGUUGCCACCCCCGUUCAUGCAGCAGGAACAGCAGCUGAUCCCACUAUCCUCACUAAUGGUGCAGAAAGUUGUACCGCAGGCGCACCAUCAGCAACAGGCUCUGCCUCUGCCAAAGCACCUUCAUCAGCAGCAGCUACCACGGCUAAAAGCGCAGCCACAGCAGCAACGGCAGUUGGUGAUUGCACCGCCGCGGCUGAUGCAGCAGGAAUCCGCAGAUAUAAGGAAGCCACAGAAGCCACAGGAUGAGUUAAUGCUACGGCCAGUGACUCAGCAGCGUCCUCCACCGCAUGAAAAGGUGUUGGCAAAGGAGGGAAUACCACCGCGACAACAAAAGCUGCUUGUAAGCCCACUGCCACAGACGACAACAAAGCAAGGGCAUUUUGUGACACCACCAAUGACUCAGCACCAAAUGUCAUGGCAUCUGAAGCCACCGACGCUACAGGUCCUGCCGCCAUCGACAACGCAUCAGAAAAAGCAGUUACUGCUUUUUCGACAGCCACUGUCGCAACAGCGGCCAUCGCAGCACCACCUGCCACGACAUGUGGUGGUGUUGCUGCAAUCUUCAGUGGUAAAGCAACGACAGUUUAUGAACCGCGGAAGUGAAAAGGCUGUUGUCAUGUCAGUGCAACCAUCACUGCAACAUGCAUCACCACGACAGCACAAGCCAGUGGUGUCACUGCAGACAGUGACGCCCCAGCGACAGCAUUCGGUGGUGCGACUGACAACGGUGACACAGAAUAAUGGGCCACCCCACCAUAAGCCAUCGACCAAGCAAGACCUAUUACUACCACAAAAACAGCGGAUAGUUGUUUCCGUACUUUCAGCCACGCAGAAGAGACAAAUGCUUGUACUGUCUCGACCACGAGUGACACAGCAUCGGCAAUUGCCUCCCCGUAAGAUACUGACACAGCAAGACCUAGCAAUUCAGCAACAAACGCAGGUGGUAGUGCCACUGCCACCGCCGACAAAGCAGCAAGUGUUGAAGUUCAGUCGACAACCGGCAAUGAAGCCCCACGAACCACCUAAACGCAAAUCACCAACACAUCAAAUUUCAACACUACGGCAGCAACAGCGAUUGCUUAUGUCUUUGCCCCCAGCAAGGCAGCAACAAAGGUUAGUGUUGCCUCCUCCAUCGGAGAUGAAGCAACAAAGAAAACCUAACCACGAGACACCAACACACCAUGUCCUAUCACCACAACAGCAAGAGCGGCUAAUAGUUCCCCUGCCACCAGCCACGCAGCAGCGACAGAGGUCGUUAUUGCCUCUACCACAUACGAUGGAGCAACAACAGCAGCCUAAAAACAAGCCACUGUUAACGCAAGACCCAACACCACAGCAGCAACAGCGGAUGACAUUGCCACUGCUAUUGGUGACGCAGCAGAAGCAGCACAGUUUGACAUUGCCCCAGUCGAAAACGGUGCAACAGCAAAAAACACCUAAACACAAGCCACCAUCCCAGGAAGACGUAAUGCAACAGCAGCAACAGCGGGUGGCAGUGCCAUUGCCAUCGGACCCGCAGCAGCAGCAGAGGUUGGCGUUGCCUAAACCACAAACGAUGCAGGAGAAAAAUCCGCCUAACCACAAGUCACCGCUACUGCGAGACUUGACGAGACAGCAGCAACGUCAGGUUACAGCGCCACUGUCAUCAGUCACGCAGCAGCAGACGUUGUCGUUGGCAAAACCACAAGCAAUACCACAGGUAGAACCAUCCAACUACAAGUCAACGUUACUCAAAGACUUAACGCAACAGCGACUUCAGCACAUUGAAGCGCCACUGCCACCAGUCACGAAGCAGCAGCAAAGGUUGGCGAUGUCCCCACUGCAAACGGCGCAACAGGAAAAGCCACUUAACCACAAGCCACAGUCACAGCAAGACAUAACGCAGCCGCAGCCACAGUGGGUGAUAGCGCCACUGCCAUCCGACACGCAGCAACAUCAAAUGUUGGCGAUGCCGCAACUGCAAACAAUGCAACAGCGAAAACCACCUAACCAAGAGUCACUGCCACAGGAAAGCCUAACGGAACAUCAGCAAGAUAGGCUAACAGAGCCACUGCCAUCCGUCACGCACCCACAGCAGAGGUUGUCGAUGCCGCCACUGCUGACGAUGCAACAACAAUACCUGCCUAACCACGAGCCACCUUCGCAGCAAAGCCUAACAAAAACGCAGCAACAGCGGAGGGUAGUGCCAUUACCAUCCGUCAUGCAGCAAGAGCAGAGGUUGGCGAUGCCCCAGCUGCAAACAACGCAACAGCAGCAAGAGAGGGUUGUAGUACCACAGCAAUCUGACCCGCAACAGCAGAGGUUGGCCGUCCCCCUGCCACAAACGAUGCAACAGCAAAAGCCACAUAGCCACAAGCCACUGUUACAGCACGUCCUAACGCAACAGCAGCAAGAAAGGGUGAUAGCGCCACUGCCAUCUGACAAGCAGCAACAGAAGAGGUUGGCGAUACCCCAGCUGAAAACAAUGCCGCAGCAAAAGCCGCCUAACCAAGAGCCAUCAUCACAGCAAGGCCCAAUGCAACAGCAACAACAGGGGGUGAUAGAGCUACUGCCAUUCGUCACACCACAACAGCAGAGGUUGGCGAUGCCCCGGCCACUGACAAAGCAAAUGCAAAUGUCAUUUAACUACAGUAAAACGUCACAGCAGGACCAAGCGUCAGAGCAGCAACACCAGUGGGUCAUGCCACUGCCACCGGUGAUGCAGCAGCAGCAAAGGUUGGUGUUGUCCCAACAACGGACAAGACAGCAGCAGGAGCAGCCCAACAACAAGCCACAGAAUCGGCAAGUCUUAUCGUCAUCAGAGGAACAACGGCGGCUUGUGCCACCAGUGACACAAAAGCAUCAAACGCUUUUGCUGCUGACGCCGCCACUAAUACGGCAGCGACUGCCAUAGCAGAAGAUGCCGAUGACGCAGUAGGUCUUACGAGCACAGCAACACUGGAUAGGGCCGCCACCACCGACGCAGCAAGCAGAUCCACCAAAGUACAACUUGCCUGAGCAGCAGACUAUGGCACCUCUGGUACAAGGUCUGCAGCUUGCGGCUCCGAAUCCAUCACUAUUUCCGACACCACCGGUGGUUCACUCCAAUAAAAAAAGACUAGCGUCCUCUGUGUUUGCAACAGCAAGCACAGAGGUCGCUAAUGCAUCCGUGCUCGUGGCGACUGGCGCAGUAAGAUUUGUGUCGACCAAAUA